UGUUUGAAAUAGUGUUUAUCAUGUUUUUAGCAUUUAUUUAAAAAAAACAAGCUAUGUUCUAAAUUUUAUCAAUACUUAAUAACCUCAUAUUAUGUUAUGAUUUCAAUGAUAUUUUAAGAAACUAACAAUUGAAUUAAAUGAGAAAAUAAGAAAAAUAAGAAAACAGAAAAUUUCAUUGGAAUAAAUAAAACAUAUUCUUCUUUUUUAUUAUAUAUAUAUAUGUGUGUGUGUGUAUAUAUAUAUAUAAAAUAUAUAUAUACAUAUUUACCUUUGACAAGUGAACUUUAUUGUUGCUGUGAUCCCAGGCUUUAAAAUACGGGGUUAGAUCUUCUCUACAGGUCCCGUUCUUGAGAAGAAUUUGAUUUUACACAUUCGUUUUGGUUUACGGACGCUUCGGCGUGCACAUUACAUCAUGAAAGUUAUCGUGAAGAAGCUUCAAGGAAAAGAAUGCGUUGUUGACAUUACACCUUCGGAUACAGUUCUUCAGUUAAAGCACAAAGUCAGCGAUCUUUUGGGUAUAGAUGUUCCACAUCAGAGACUGUUGCUUACGGGCAAAGCAUUAGCUGAUGAAAAUCCAUUAAGUUUUUAUCCAGGAAUCAAAGAUGGAAGCAAGUUAAAUCUUUUGGUCAUUAAAAAGACAGAGGAAGGAUCUAGUGAGGGAAAGGCUUCACAUAGCAAGUCUGGCAUGUAUCUCUUACGAGAUGAAAUUUCUAGAGUUCUGAGGCAUUAUUAUACAGAAUCAGAAACAGAGUCAAUAAUCAAUGAAUUGAUAAAAGACCUAAAAAAUAAAGUGAAUAAUCUUAGUUAUGAUGACUUAGAAAGAUUAGCAACUGCACUUCUUCAGGACCAAGAGAAUAUAGCUUAAGAAUAAACUUCGGUUUUUCAAUUUCUCACUUAUUAUUUGAUUAUUGUAAUACACUUUUAUUUAAUUAAAAAA